CCCUCUUCCUCUUCCUCUUCCUCUUCCAACAUCACGGCGGCGGCGGCGGCGGCAACGCAAACUCAAAACCAAACCGAACAAAUUCCUCUCGAGCAGACGUCAAACACGAACGACGAUGGGGCUCUGCUUGUCUAGCGGCGAUGCGGUGAGCGAGGAGGCGGCACCAAAGGUAACGGCGCUGGUGCUGCUGCCCACGGGAGAGCUGCGGGAGUACCCGCGCCCCGCUACGGCGGGGCGGGUGCUCGAGGACUCCUCUUCCGCGGCGGCGGCGGCCGGGGAGAAGGGAUGGUUCCUGUGCGACGCGGACACCAUGGGGUUCGAGGGCCCCGUGGCGGCCGUGGGCGGCGCCGAGGAGCUCCGCGCGGGGCAGAUCUACUUCGUGCUCCCCGCCGAGGCCCGUCACCGCGGCCUCCGACGCGAGGAGGUCGCAGCGCUCGCCGUCAAGGCCUCCGCCGCACUGGUGAAGGCCGCCGCCGGCGGCGGCGGUUCCGGGACCGGGCGGCGGAGGCGCGGCGCCGUAGCGCCACUCGUCUUCUUUCCGCCGCCGGAGGAGCAGCAGCAGGAGGAGACCUUUGCUGCGCCGUCCGUCGGGAAGAGGCGGCCGGCGGCCCACCCGAGGAGGCCGCUCCAGCGGUUCGCUUCAGAUCUCACGGCGAUUCCCGAAUGCGACAUGACCGAGUAGCCGCCGGAACGGGACAAAGACUCGAUCGCGGGAUGAACUCCAAACAUACAUGAGUGCUCACACAUGGCAGCCGAUUUCUGAUCCCAAAUUGGAUCGCCAAGCUGAAAUUCCUCGAGCAAUCUGGAAUCAAUCGGAUCAAAGGGGACCGGACGGUGGUGGUUUGGCAGGGAGUGAUGGAGCAUCGCUUGGGAUGCAGCUGGUGUGGAAACAACUAUUAGCAUUCGUAAUUCGUAGGGAUUUUGGCUGAGAUGGUGUUGGAAACUGAGUGCUUCAUUAGUUGCAGAUGAACGAAACAAGGAAGUGUGAAUAGAAAUUCUCCGGCUCUACUUCUUUUUGCGCAAACAUUUGUCCACGUCUCUGUGCUAAAAUUCGUCAGAAAUCUCGAAACUUGAAAUCGCGUUGACUCUGCAGAA